UGUUUACUGUGCUCUGCGCGGACGUCAGAGCGCACACAAUCCCAGCAUGCACCGCGAGGCCGUUGAGAGAUCCAGCAGCUGGUAGCGGCAGGAAAAAUAUGCAGUGCGGACGCCUGACGAGUCACUGCGGCGGCUUUUGAGUCACUAUUGUCUUUCGGUUUCCAUUUUGGAGGAUUCCUCCCUCAAUCCUCCGGUUCGCACCGAACAGGCAAUGACAACGGUCUCAGCAACCCCGCAGCAGAUGAGGGACCGGCUGCUGCAGGCCAUCGACAGUCAGAGCAAUAUAUGCAACAUGGUGGUUGUACUUGAGGUGAUUACCUGUCUUGAGAAGUAUCCUAUCACCAAAGAAGCACUUGAGGAAACCCGACUUGGAAAACUGAUCAACGAUGUACGGAAGAAGACCAAGGAUGAAGACCUGGCCAAGCGCGCCAAGAAGCUCUUGCGAAACUGGCAGAAGCUGAUCGAACCCGGGCCCGCGGUGGCUGUGAGCACUCCUGGCUCCACCAAUGGCAGCUCUCAUCCCUGCAGGACGGACGCCUCGCCACCCGACAUCUCCUUGUCAGGGAAGGGGGUCCCUGACGUUAAAGGCAGAAAUGAUGUUCACAACACUUACUCGCCCAAGGCUGAAAAAUCAAGCAGCCGCAAGCGCAGAGCGGAGCACAGAGACAGUGGAGUGCACUUACCUGAAAAAAUCUCAAAGAUGUCUUCGUAUGACAAUUCUGUUUCACCGCCCCCCACGAACGGGAUCGCGGGCAGCCCCGACACCCUGCUUGAGCAGGACGUCGUCCCCUCCCCGGACCGAUCUCGGCUAGAACACCUUGACAAUGAUAAAAUCAACAGAAUUCCGGUAAAUGCUGUCAAGCCCCGGCCCAGCUCCCCCGGAGUGGCCAAACUACCUAGCACUUCGUCGUUAAUCAAAGUUGCUGUGAUGCAGCAGCAGGCAAGAAUGGAUGAUGGUGGCGGAGGCGGGCAUUACCAAGCUAGAAGCCCCCGUGGUCUUUCUACCAGUCCAAGGAGCACAAAACAAGACGCCACAUCCAAGCGCCCUGCGGUAUAUGCACAAAAGUUAACAUCUGUCCCUAGCCCUUCGUCCAGGGAUUCUCCCUUGCCUUUGUCCCAGCCCUUGUCCUCCCCGGCCCACUCUUCUCAUAGGUCUGCAAUGCACUGGGCCACCUCACCAGAGGCCCCUUCUCAUUGCUCAUCACAAGACUUAUCCAUGUCUCUGGAAUCCCCCUCAGUCUCCCCUUCACCCUCUCACCUCCAACACAACUCAGAACUCUAUCGGCCGGCGUCCGAAGGAGCCAUGACUCUUUCUGACGACACGGACGGCUUGCUGACGUCCACCUCGGAGUAUAAAAGGAGGAAGUACCGCUCAAGAGACUAUUCUGUCAACUUAGAUGGUCAGAAAGUAGAGGACACGACUAAACCAGUACGGUUAAAAGAACGCAGACUCACAUUUGACCCCGUCACGGGUCAGAUCAAACCCCUAGUCCAUAAGGAACCAUCUCAAUCUGAGGAACCCCCGGCCCCUGAGCCCCCCAUUGAGUCCAGGCAGAGAACUGAAAGCACUGUAUCACAGGCCUCAGCGCCAGCCCCCGGCCCAGGCCCCAACCCUUUCCACCAAACAAACUGGAAGGAGCUUUCCAGAAAUGAAAUCAUCCAGUCCUACUUGAACCUUCAGAGCAACGUGCUCACCUCGUCCGGGGUCCAGGCUCCGAGCGCACACUUUUUCAUGUCGGAGUAUCUGAAAAGGGAAGAACAGGGCGUGAAGGAGUCGAGGAAAAUGCACGUUUUGCAGGCGGAUAGCCCGGCGGGGGAUUUACCGGGCGUGAGUCGGGAUGUAAAUGACGAGGACCUGGACAGGAUACAAAACCAGCACUGGCCAGGGGUUAAUGGGUGUUUGGACACCAAGGGCACCUGGUACGACUGGACAGAGUGCAUAUCAUUGGACCUUCAUGGGGAUGAAAGCAAACUGAACAUCCUGCCGUACGUUUGCCUAGACUAAGGGGUUCUCUUUUCCACUCCUGUUUUUGUCUCCCCACAGAGACAAGAUAAUUUGUGAUUUUGUUUGUCCACUGUGAGUUUGGCAAAAGCCAGGCCUGCUAAACUCCCCGCCCCCCACCCCUACCCCCACCCCCCGCCAGCCCCUCCCGUGCCUCCUCUUUCUGUGAUUGAGAGAUUUUGGUAUAAAAAAAGAUGACAAAUUAAAAAGAAUAUUUGAGUUUGUGAUACCAAGGGCUGCUUUUGUUUUCUUUGUUUUCUUUUUUUUCCCCAAGCUGGAAGCUACAGGAAGCAUCAGGCCCAAGUCGCAGAUUUCUGCUCGUAGCUCAGAAGACAAAAAAGGACAGAAUUAUCCCUGCUAGCAGGAAAACGUGUUCACAAUAUUUCAGGCUCACAGGGAAAAUAAUGCGCUCCGCUGCUUUGUUUGUCUGUAUGAUUUCUACAAUGUAGGGUUACAGUUGAGGGUGGGCUGGCGUUUAGCUGUCCUGUACUUGCCGUCAUGUUUGUAGAUUAACACGUCUCCAGUGUGAGGGGCAUAACUGGCGGUUACAAGAAGCUUUAUGUGAAUUAUAAAAUUAAAUUAUAAAUUUCUCGUCAUGUACACGGCUAUUUAUUUCAACCAGUACAUCUUCUGUACUCCCAUCACAUGACGUUGGAAAAAAAAUCUCCUUUGCUUCCUUACUUUUCCUGUGCUCACAAUGUUGUCAGUCUGAUCUUUCAAUUUGGGGUUGUUGGGUUUUUUUUGUGCAUCGGUUCUCAAGAUGGGCCAGUUCAUGUGGUCUCAACAUUCCACACAGACCUUCUGCCUUACUGCGCAUUCAACUCCUGUAUGCAUCGAACAAAGAAAAACUUGUUUAAAGUUCAAAUUCAGAUGGCCUAUUCAAGAUUGGAAGACCAGUGCCAGUGGUCAAAUGUGUCCAAAACUUUAAAAUGCAUAAAUCUGACCCAAAAAGUAGUAUCCACUUAAUCUCCAUGAAUUUAGAUAGUUUGUAUGGCUCUCAUUUAGGUUCAGUUAUUCCCCCUACACCGGAUCAGUUCAUGCAUAAACUGUUCAUAGUUUUAGUCACAUUUUGAGAUUGUAUCUGCAGCUCUAUUGAGCAUACAGUUUAGUAUAAUUUUGUGUUUGUGUCCAUUGUCAAGCCAAACAAUAAAAGGGAGAGAGCUUGGUGUCACAUCUUCCUUUCCACCUUUUUGUGUGACCACAAAAACCUGAUUGUUGCCUCCCUUUUAUAGUAGUCUUUCACCAUCAUCUCAUCGGAUUGGCAUGUGCCACUCACUCAUUCUUCCCUACCAAUGUGCCUUGGUAAAUUGUAAAUCUGGAUUUGCUUCCGCAUGCAAGGCUCCCGUCCUUGCAGCUGGGUUUAUUGAGAACUCCAAAUCUCGUGAUCGGUAUGAUGCUGGUAUAUGCACUGUUCCUGUUACUGGUUUUGGUUUUUGUACACAAACAUUUAGUAAGGGUGUAAAGUGCAGACAACAGGUAAAGUGCACAAAUCAGCUGGCAAUAAAGAAGUGCUACAACUGAUCGAUGAGAAUAUGCUUUCUGGAGUUUUGACUUGGGCGUCUUUGUUUAGUGUUUAACAUCUCUCAAUUGUUUGAAAAAUAAAAUGAUCUAAUUCUUGAUCUCGGUCCGUUGACUUGUGUGUCUCUUGGUGUUCUGCGAGUUUGGUAGCAGCUGCUGCCAUUUUCGACGACUGAAAAGUGGUGUAGUUACUAACUCAUCCACAAGGGGGAGCACUGUCCCAUUUGCCUCUUACGGGAGGAAGUGACUUGAGCCAAUUUGCUUAUCUCAACUGAGGUCGGGCUCUGUAUUAUGCUGAAAUACAUGUUAGAAUAAAAAAAAUGCUCAUUCUGUUCACACCUACAAUCAUGACUAGACCAAAUGCUUUUACUG